AUGUUGAGUGAAAACAGCUGUGUUUUUACUUUAAAAUUUCUCUUAGUUCCUAUUUUGGUGUGUGUUUGGGAGAAAGCCUAUCAUCAUUAUACCAGACCUCUCGUGUUGACGAAAAAUGGUUGGGUGCGAGGUCUGUUCUCCUCAGAUGGUGACUAUGAUAUGUUUUUCGGAAUACCGUAUGGGAAAGUUAGAACAGAGAAUCCUUUCGGGGUAGCAGAUCCGUAUACAAUAUACGAUGGAGUUUUUGAAGCCACAGAUAAUACUAAAAAUUGUCCUCAACUUGACGAUUUAUCAAACAGUUUUGGUGGUACAUUAGAUUGCCUCAACUUGAAUAUUUAUGUACCACGAGGGGGAAAAAAACUUCCCGUUAUGGUUUAUAUCUUUGGAGGCAGGUUCAUGUUCGGCUUUGCUGGGAAAUUCGUCAACAACACUCUCUAUGGACCGCAGCAUCUAGUGCGGUACGGUGUGAUAUAUGUAGUCUUUAAUUAUAGACUUGGCCCAUAUGGCUUUUUGUGCCCAGGGACGAGAGAAGUUCCCGGAAAUACGGGGUUAAAGGAUCAGACUCUUGCGAUUCGCUGGAUAAAAGAUAACAUAGAACAUUUUGGCGGUGACGUGAAUAAGAUCACACUUUUUGGACACAGUAGUGGAGCCAUGUCGGUUGACCACCAAGUUCACUCUCAGCCUUACGAACUGUUCCAGCGAGCCAUAUUACAGAGCGGAACAUCAUUGUUCCCAUUUAGCGUGUUACCUGCAAAUAAUACUCUUCCCUCAAUUAUCGCUCGGAAGUUAGGAUAUGUAACCGAUGAUGUCGAUAAAGCUCUCAAAUUUCUAGCAAAGAAGAAUCCCUUAGAUGUCGUAAGGGCAUCUGUGAGCAUUCAAUAUCAGUAUACUCCAUGUAUCGAGCCAAAGUUCGAAGGUGUGGAAAACAUAAUUACGGAUUAUUCACUGAAUACAGUGCCUAAAGUUAAGAACAGACGAUUUUUAAUUGGACACACAAAGGAUGAAUAUAACUUCGUUUAUGCUAAAUUCCCCAAUGCCUACUUUGAUGCCUACGACAUGUUUGAGGAGUUUUUGUCUAAAGCGUUUCAUUUAAACGAAACGGAAAUGGAGACUAGUGUAGCUGAAGUAAAGCGAUUCUAUAAAGUUAAUAAAGUAAGCUCCCAACUCAGAGAAAAUAUCGUGAACUUCACAUCGGACAUCGUUUUAAAUUACCCAUUACUUAGACAAAUGGAGAGAUUUUUGAACCACGGUUCUGAUAAGAUCUACUACUACGUAUUUACAUAUUACGGAGGAAGAAACUUAAACCAAAUUAUUAAUAACCUGAGCACCGGGGGCGCCAUGCACGCGGACGAGGUCGGGUACAUCUACCCGUCCAGUGUCCUCGGAGACACCUCCUCGGACGACCAGCUUAUGGUGGAUCGAAUUACUACACUAUGGACCAACUUCGCAAAGUACGGUGACCCCACGCCUUCUCCGACUGACCUUCUACCUGAAAAAUGGUAUCCAAUUUCGAGGGACAGUAGACGAUAUCUUCAAAUAGAUCGAGAGACCAAAAUGGAAACUGAGCUAGUUUCAAGAAUUCGUUUUUGGAAACGUUUCUAUGAGAAAUAUUCAACGCGAAUUAGGCUCAUCCCCUGCGUGACAGAUAAUUGUAAAUUAUUCAAAUUGCAAGUCAGCGCUGCAUUCCUUCGAGUGAGUCAAGAGCCGUGA